AUGCUUGGGUACGACUACCCUUGUAGCCACGACUACCCUCGUAGCCACGACUACCCUUGUAGCCACGACUACCCUUGUAGCCACGACUACCCUCGUAGCCACGACUACCCUCCUAGCCACGACUACCCUCCUAGCCACGACUACCCUCGUAGCCACGACUACCCUCGUAGCCACGACUACCCUCCUAGCCACGACUACCCUCGUAGCCACGACUACCCUCCUAGCCACGACUACCCUCGUAGCCACGACUACCCUCGUAGCCACGACUACCCUCCUAGCCACGACUACCCUCGUAGCCACGACUACCCUCCUAGCCACGACUACCCUCCUAGCCACGACUACCCUCGUAGCCACGACUACCCUCCUAGCCACGACUACCCUCGUAGCCACGACUACCCUCGUAGCCACGACUACCUCGGAAUUGUGGCUGCAAGGCGGAGCCCAGUAGCUGAAGUUCGUGGGUCAAGUACACAUAUCCCGAACUCAACUUCGCCCAUACACUAA